GGCGUUUGGCACGCGCGGCUCACCCCACCGCUGGCUCGGCCGCCGCCAUUUUAUGGCUGCCCGCGUCCGCCCGCCGCCGUCUGCGCAGGCGCGGCGGUGGCGUCGCGAGAUUCCGGCUUCCACCCGCUGUGACGUUCCUGGGAGGCGGCGACGUGCGCGCGGCCCGUCGCCAUUGGGCUGGCCUUGCGGAGGGCGGGGUCGGCUCCGCCCGCACUUCUCGGCCUUUCCUAACUGCGGCAGAUGGGAGGGGGCCAGAAGAGCCGGGGAGAGAGAGUGCGGCUGCGCAGUUCCAGAGGCGGCAGUGGGCGUUGCGGUUGCUGCGGUCUGGGCCCAGGGAAGGAUCGUGUUGGGAGCCGAGUUUUAAUUUUGUCUGCAAGGGACCUGGCCUAAUAAGAGGCACUCUUGGCAAUCUUGUUUAUAACAUCACCGGGAAAUACUAGCCGGACACCAUGAGUGGUUGUCGAGUAUUUAUCGGGAGGUUAAAUCCAGCGGCCAGGGAGAAGGACGUGGAAAGAUUCUUCAAGGGGUAUGGACGAAUAAGAGAUAUUGAUCUGAAAAGAGGCUUUGGUUUUGUGGAAUUUGAGGAUCCCAGGGAUGCGGAUGAUGCCGUAUAUGAACUCGAUGGAAAAGAACUGUGCAGUGAAAGGGUUACUAUUGAACAUGCUAGAGCUCGGUCUCGAGGUGGACGAGGUAGAGGACGCUAUUCUGACCGUUUUAGUAGUCGCAGACCUCGAAAUGAUAGACGAAAUGCUCCACCUGUAAGAACAGAAAAUCGGCUUAUAGUUGAGAAUUUAUCUUCAAGAGUCAGCUGGCAGGAUCUCAAAGAUUUCAUGAGACAAGCUGGGGAAGUAACCUUUGCGGAUGCACAUCGACCUAAAUUAAAUGAAGGGGUGGUUGAGUUCGCCUCUUAUGGUGAUUUAAAGAAUGCUAUUGAAAAACUUUCUGGAAAGGAAAUAAAUGGGAGAAAAAUCAAAUUAAUCGAAGGCAGCAAAAGGCACAGUAGGUCACGGAGCAGGUCUCGUUCCAGGACCAGGAGUUCCUCUAGGUCUCGUAGCCGGUCUCGGUCCCGGAGUCGCAAGUCUUACAGCCGGUCCAGGAGCAGGAGCCGGAGCCGGAGCAAGUCCCGUUCUGUUAGUAGGUCUCCUGUGCCUGAGAAGAGCCAGAAACGUGGUUCUUCAAGUAGAUCUAAGUCUCCAGCAUCUGUGGAUCGCCAGAGGUCCAGGUCCCGAUCCCGGUCAAGGUCCAGAUCAGUUGACAGUGGCAAUUAAACUGUAAAUAACUUGCCCUGGGGGCCUUUUUUUAAACAAAACAAAUUCCCAAACCAUACUUGCUAAAAAUUCUGGUAAGUAUGUGCUUUUCUGUGGGGGGGGGGGGGGGGUUUGGGGGGGGGGGGGGUUGGGCUGGAAAUCUUUGUAGAUGUGGACCACCAGGGGUUGUUGAAAACUAAUUGUAUUAAAUGUCUUUUGAUAAGCCUUCCGCUCACAUUUUUGUGAAUGUCUGAAGUGUAUAGUUUGUGUAUAUUGAGAGAGCUCUUUUAUAACUAAAGCAAAUUUAAUUUUUUUGUACUAGAAAAGAUUUGAACAUUUUCGUUCUUGGUUAUUCAAAUAUGUUAAUUCAGAAUUAGUUUAAUGCAUCAAUUAAACUAAUUAAUAGCUUUGGACAUUUAAAAGAGCUCUAAAUUUGCUUGUACAUAAUGGCUUGAGUUUUCCUUGUUAGGGUCAAGGGUGUCCUCCCACCCACCCUUUAACAGCUGCCUGACAAAGACACGGUAAAGCAGCUGUUACUGAUAAUAAAACAUUAUAAAAAUUG